AACGUGAAUCAUUCCAAACGCCAAACACAUACAUGCAAUACGCACUAAUCGAAAUGUAGAAAUGAAUAACGUUUUGGACGUUCAGAUUUGUUUAGUUGAUUUAGAAUUCAGAUUUGUUUAGUUGAUUGUUAUUUUUAAAUAAAUCCAACCUUUUUAUUGAUUGUUAAUUUCAUUUUUUCGAAAGAAUUAAAUUGGUUUUAAAAUCAUGCACAGAUUUCAUAAUUACGAUUCAAACUGACGUCAGACUAGAGGUCGUUACUGGUUCACAUUAAAUAGUGACAGUUCAAGCAAACGAUUUGGGUUUUUGUUUUGUUUUUUUUUUUCCAUCCUCAUUCGUCAUCUCUCUUUCGCUCUGAGAAAUAUGUAGCAAAUAAAUAUGCAAAAGUGAAUCUAUUUUAAGUGCAUCUCCACCAAAAAUGAAACCAAUUUGUUGUUGCUGUUUGGUGAAAUAGAUUAAUUUCAAUUGCAAUAUACAUGAGAGUUUAUUGUUGCAACGAAACAACGAAAUCGAUAAUUUUCUUUGGAAAAUCACUGAGCUUAAUUGGAAGGUUGUCACAAAUGUGCGCCGGUUGAUUACACUUAUCAAACUGUGUAAUAAAUCUCAGCGUCAAUAGCAGUGGUGUAGAUUUUUGAGGCUGAUGAGUCCAUCUUCAAAUAAUAGAAAUAUGUGCAAAAACGUUCAUUUAAAUUAAGAUAGAUUCUCGCUAAACAAAAACCGUCUAAAAUAUACACAGACAGAAACGCACUUCAAUAUGGAUUUUAUGGUAUUCGCAAUUGUCAUAUUGGCCAUUUAUUUGGUGCUCUGGUUUUUCGAUUCAUUUUUCAAGAGCUGUAUGCAUUAUCCAUAUGAGGCGUUUUUGAAUGGCACAGGCUUAACCAUCAAACCAUUCCGUAUUCAAUGGUAUACAACGGCUUUGAAUCGAAUCACCAUCAAAUGGGCGCACACUUAUCCAAAACUAUUCACUUACUCCUUUGACGUCGGUGUUUUUUCGUCCAUUUGCCUGUUACCCAUGUUACUGCUGUGGCAAAUGAAACCGUAUAUCUGGGAUGCAUUUCUGAACGGUGCUAAAUCGGCGCCGGGUCAAACGAUGUCCACGGAAAAGGCAAACACUGGCGUUCAGUUUGAACUCAUGUUACCCGGUGUGAAUUUACCAUUUGAUGAAAUUAGUUACUAUGUCAUUGCCAUGGGAAUCUGUAGUGUGGUUCAUGAAAUGGGUCAUGCAUUUGCGGCUGUAUUGGAAGAUGUGCCUCUGACUGGAUUUGGAUUUAAUGUGCUUCUUGUGCUGCCGGUUGCCUAUACACAAAUCAGUACCGACCAAUUGAACAGUUUACGAACGUGGCGUCGCCUUCGUAUCCUCUGUGCCGGAAUCUGGCAUAAUAUUUUAUUGGCCGCUUUCUGUUUUUCGCUUAUGUCUUUGUUGCCAAUUCUAUUUACGCCAUUUUACAAUAUUGACAAAUCGGUGAUUGUGACCAGUAUGAAGCAGGAUUCAACGUUGUCCGGUGAAAAGGGGCUUGCCGUAAACGAUGUCAUUACAUCGAUAAAUGAUUGUGAGAUCAAAAAUAUAGAAACCUGGUAUGGAUGCCUAAUAAAUGCAAUUAAACAUCCACCAUCAUACUGUAUCCCAUCAGAGUAUGUGCUUGAUCACGAUGAAUCGGUACAGGUGUCGCACACAAAUUACGGUGUCAUCGAAUGCUGUGAUCGAAGCAAUGUGAAAAAUCUCUGCUUUGAAUAUAUAAACGAAGAAGGUUCGUAUAGUUUAAUUGAACUACCACAAUUUAUGUGCUUAAACAUACGGAAUACGAUCGAUCAUUCGACGGGCUAUUGCCAUCGAACACGGGGCAAGUGCAAAGAUAGCUACUGUAUCAAACCAAUGAUGAACAAUGCAACGACGCUUAUGCAAAUCAAACGGAUUGACAAACGUGAUGUCAUGUAUAUUGGCCAUCCAUCGGAUUUGGCAUACACUAUGAAAGUAUCAGUCUAUGUGCCGCGCACAUUUUUGCUCAAUUCCAAUGUUGCCGAUGGCAUUUCGUUGAUUCUCAAGUAUCUGGUGGUCUUUUCACUCGGAUUGGCAACACUAAAUGUGAUACCGUGCUUCUAUUUUGACGGUUACCAUAUUACCAGCGCGACGAUAAACCAUCUAUUUCAACAUCUUAUACCCGAACGUAAUCGGCGUGAAUGCAUCACCAUUGCGGUCACAUCCAUCGGUACGCUUAUUCUUUUAGUCACGCUUUUGAAAAGUGUUUGGCAUUCGAUAAAUCAGUAUGCCAUUUAGAAUGCGACAAACAAAUGAUUCAAAGCUUUAUUUACACACAAUGCACGUGGCCAUCAUUUGAGACAUUUGGAUUGCAAAGAAAAAAAUGAAAACGUAAAUUAUAGAAAAUCUUUUAUACAAUAAAUGAAUUUAUUCAUACCAAAACGAAAAAAAUAAAAUAAAAGGAAAAUCCCUAGUAGAGUUUAAAACAAAUAAAAAAACCU